AUGCAUUCAUCGCACACAAUUGGUAACUACAUCCAAGGAGACGCAGCUUGUUUGAGAAAAUUUCGCAUUUCAUCAUCUUAGUUUCAAUAAACCUUGAUCAUCAUGCCUGGAUUCCAGAGAAUGACUAGCCCUGCUGGCCAAUGGCCAGAAAACGUUGGUAUUGUUGCCUUAGAAAUCUACUUCCCCUCGCAGUAUGUAGACCAGACAGAACUGGAGAAGUUUGAUGGGGCCUCGGCCGGCAAGUACACCAUAGGCUUGGGACAGGGUAAGAUGGGAUUCUGCUCUGAUAGGGAAGAUAUCAACUCCCUCUGUUUGACAGUUGUCCAGAACUUGAUGGAAAAUAAUCAGCUUCCCUUUGAUGCCAUUGGUAGACUGGAGGUUGGCACUGAGACGAUUAUUGACAAAUCAAAGAGCGUCAAGACAGUACUGAUGCAGUUAUUUGAAGAUUCUGGUAAUACUGACAUUGAAGGAAUUGAUACAACCAAUGCUUGCUAUGGAGGCACUGCUGCUCUCUUUAAUGCUCUUUCAUGGGUAGAGUCUAGUGCUUGGGAUGGACGGUAUGCCCUUGUGGUGGCUGGUGAUAUUGCUGUGUAUGCUACUGGCAAUGCUAGACCUACAGGGGGUGCUGGAGCUGUAGCCAUGCUUGUUGGUCCUCAUGCUCCACUUGUCAUUGAAAGAGGUCUUCGAAGCACACACAUGCAGCAUGUAUAUGAUUUCUACAAACCUGACAUGUCUUCUGAAUACCCUCGUGUUGACGGCAAGCUCUCUAUCCAGUGCUAUCUUGGUGCUCUAGACAAGUGCUAUCAGCGUUAUAUUGCAAAGGCAGAGGCUGCCCUCCAGAAGGUUGGUGAAGCAGGAAGGAUAACGAUAGAUUCCUUUGAUGGAAUUUGCUUCCAUUCACCAUUUUGCAAACUAGUCCAGAAGUCUCUAGCCAGGCUUGUACUCAAUGACUUUCUUAGGGAUCCUUCACCUGAUACCACAGAGGGCAGCAGAUAUGCAAACGUAGAAGAGUUCAGGAAUGUGAAAUUAGAAGACACCUUCUUUGAUAAGAAUGUUGAGAAGGCAUUCAUGACAGCAAGCAAGGAGGUGUUUCAUCAAAAGACCCAACCAUCUCUUCGUCUAGCUAAUCAAGUAGGUAACAUGUACACCCCGUCACUCUAUGGUGGUCUCGUCUCCUACUUGGCAAGCGUACCUCUCGACCAACUACCAAACAAGCGUAUUGCCUUGUUCUCCUAUGGAUCCGGCAUGGCCUCAUCGCUCUACUCCAUACGUGUAGGCAACAAUGCAAGCCCUGGCUCUGCCCUAGCCAAGAUGAGGAACAGUCUGAACACCCUUGAGACUAGGUUAGAGAGUAGACGAUGCGUGGAACCAGGAGUCUUUGCAGACACCAUGAAGCUCAGGGAAGAUACACAUCAUUUAGCUAAAUACAAUCCCCAGGGCAGUAUAGAGGAUUUAUUCCCAGGCACAUGGUACCUGACAUAUGUAGAUGAGAUGCACAGGAGACAGUAUAACCGUAGCCCAAUCUCACAGCAAGCUGUAGAUAAUCAACAGAUCAUCCAGGAGUCACUAAAGGAAUCAAAAUCAGUGGAGGAUAUGGAGACUGCUGACCAGGUCACAGUAAGCUAGGUCCAAACUCCUGGUAACCAAGCCUAACCUGUUGCAAGGAGACACAUGACGGUAUUCAAGUACAAUAUCUGAUCAGCUCCUCCAACCAAAGCUCAUUUUAAAAAUGUUUUGUGCACCCUUGUUGCAAUGUAUCAAAGGGGAUGGAAUGUAUAAUCAUCACCUUUAUUUCAGGUGAUCCUUCUGGUUCCAGGUGAGUGUUUCAUAAAGCUGUUCCUAAGGUUACGAACGACUUUACGCACGACUGGAACAUGUUCUUAGGUCAUAAC